AUGAUGAAAGUUGGAAAGCUCAAGUUCAAAGUCAUCUAUUAUUUAGCGUUUGGCGAAGAGCGUGAAUGCGCCAGCAAUAUUUGUCUAAACGGUGGUGCAUGUCUUGUGGACGACAUCUCCAGACGAUUUUCGUGCCGUUGUCCUCCAGGAUUCGCCGGUUCGUUAUGUCAGGAAGCGUGCACACUUGAGUGUGCGAACGGUGUUUGCGUGAAAGGAACACUGGGCAAGGAGCAGUGCCAAUGUACACAAGGUUGGUCUGGCGCACUAUGUGAAGUGUCCGGCUCUUCGCUGGAAGGAUGCACGAGGACGGAAGACUGUGGAUUAGGAGAAAGAUGUAUUGAGAACGAUCGGGGCCUGAAAAUUUGCGCCGGCGAUCCAUGCGAAUCGCGACCAUGCAAAAACAAUGCAACCUGUGUAGCUGACAAUGAUUCUUUUCAAUGCGUAUGUCAAUCGGGAUUUGCUGGUAGACUGUGCGAUUCGGACAUCAACGAAUGCGAACUAAUGCCGUGCCAAAAUGGAGGGACAUGUAUCAAUGUGGAAGGCUCGUUUGAGUGCCUUUGUGAGGCCAAAUACAGUGGCGCACAAUGCGAGUUUGAGGCGGUAACAUGUGCUGCGAGUCCUUGUCUUAACCAAGGAACUUGUAUUGAUACACAAAACGGUUUCUAUUGCAUUUGUCCGUAUGGUUUCGAAGGAAAAACAUGCCAGAAUGAGAGAACCACCUCUAUGUGCAGGUGUCCAAAUUCAAAGCAUAAGUGUACAUUAGUGGAUGGCAAGCCGUCUUGUUCAUGUCCUCAAGGUUUUGCGGCUAAGUUAUCUGGUCGCAUCUUCAAUAAAGGUCACGGUGUUCGUCUCAUUGAGCGAAAGAUGGGCAUGCAGCUACAAGAUGGUAAUAUACUGGUUUGCGGUGAUUCUGACACGGAUCUUCCAAUGCUCGAAGAGUGCUUGUCCGUUGCGCCACCGAAUGUCUACACAAUUUGGGUGACGAAAGACGAAGCGCUCCAAGAGAAGGUAACACAACUCUGCGCACGAUUCCAUAAUAACAAUGUAACAUUCGUAUCCUGUCCCGAAGUAUUACUUGGUGCAAUGGCUCAGGCUACAGUACGUGAAUUGAAAGUACGCGGUGGCGACCAGGAUGAUGAUAGUGACAUUUGA